AUGUUUAAGCCUUCACCUACUAUGAUGGCGCGCGUGCGCUUCACCACGAAGCAGGUCAAUGGCGGCUACUACAAGGGUACGCGGACUGGAUCAAUGGGUCAGUUCGACAAAAAGGGCAACUACGUGAUCGACUGGAAGAAGGUCCGGACCUACGUUGUCCCCGAUGAUCUGGACGAAUUUGAUCUCACUCCUUUUGUCUCGAAGAAAGUGGAACCCAAACGUGACCAAUACGUCAAACAGAUCACCCGCAAUGGCCGCACAGUCACCGUGGUCGACAGCUUGAAGGGCCAGGACUACAUUAACAUCUGGGGUGACAAGAAUGCCGAGGAGGUUGUUGCUCGCGAGACUGCCGAAAACCAGAGCCAAGCGGACCCAUCUCAGUCCAGUCAAUAA